GUGUUUUCUUCAAAACAGCAUCCAUCCAUAACAACAACAACAACAAGUGACAAUGCCACCAAAGGCAGCAGCAGCAAAGCCUCCCGCCGCCGCCGCCGAGGUCGAUAAUGGCGCCGAUGUCGACGACUCGUCUAGCCGCGGAGGCUCGGUGGCCCCGGAAACAGAGAACAACAAGUCGAGCUCGUCGGCGCAGAUUCGCAAGGCGCAGAACCGUAUCGCGCAGCGCGAGUUCCGACUGCGUAAGCAGAUCCGAGACCUUGAAGCCCGUGUAGAAAUCCUCUCGGGCGACAAGGAGGAGCGCAUCGAGCUCAUGCUCCUCCUUGUCCGCAACCUCUUGCAGGAGAACAAGGAGCUUCGGACCAUGGUGAAGAACAUGGCGUCGUUUGUUGGCGAGGGUCUUGGCUCAUGCCUGCCGCGCCUGGGCCUCAACUCUGCCCAGCUGGAUUCCAUUCUCAACCGCGCCGACACUGAUACGGCGUACGAGGCCUUUGUGGCGCUCAAGGCGAGCAAGGAGCUCGAAGCGGCCAACCCCGGCAUCGAGAUUGCUCCGCUCCGUAAGCGCUCCGAAACAAUCUCAGGCUCGGCAGCCCCCGGGUCUGUGCCCAAGCGGAAACGUGCCGACAGCGUUACCACCAACACCAUGUCGGUCACCUCUGGCGGCGACAAGCGGCCGCGUGGAGUGUCGCCGAGCGAGAGCGCCUCACACGCUGCCGCUGCCUCGCUCGUCGCCGGUGGCUUUGGCAACUGGGACUUUCUUUUUCCCGACCCAGCCAGCCUGGGGGGCGCCGUAGCUGGCCCUGGCCCGAGUAGCAUCCAGUCUGGCGGCGGACAGCAGCUUGGUUUUCCUCCCAACACUUCGUACGGUGCCUAUGGCGUCUUUCCCCCCAUCAACCCUUCGGUGACAGGCUCUGGCGAGGGCGACACGCCCGAGUCUGACCGCCAGCGCAGCCUGCGCGCCGCUGUCGCUCACUUGACCAGCUCGACUGUUGAGAGGUCGCAGACGCCCAACAUUACGACAUUAGCCAACAACAUGAGCUCUGCCCAGGUUGAGGAGCGCCGCAGGCUUCAGGAAGAGCUCCGGUUGAGCCUGGAGGGUGAGGAAGCUGCUGAGCGCAAGCUCGACGCUCUGCAACUUGUCACGUACCACCUGAACAACUUUCGCGUAAACGCAGAGUACUCGCUGCCGCCGUCCCUCCACCCUACGCCGGUGCAGCAGACGGUGCCGCACCAGCACGCGAUUGACGGGAUUCUCUUCCCAACAAUCCGCGACCGGAUGAUUCUGCUGCGCGGGCGGUUCGACCUGGUGGAGGCGUUCCACAUGUACAUUAGUGACUUCAAUAUUCACGGCGACGACGUGCUCGACCACCGCAACUGGGAGCCGUCUGAGCGGUGGCUGCGCGAGUUCCAGAUCCUUGCCGACGGCGAGGUCUACGCCAUUGCCAACAAGUGGCGGGUGCACCGCGGCCUGCCUCCGCUCGUGCGCGAGCCGGACUCGCCGCAGACGACGGUCGCAUUGGCGGGGCUGACAGGCAACCUGUCUGCUCACUAGAUAUACUAUUGUACAUGUACAGGAGGAGGAAGGAGGGAAGAGGUGUCUUGUUGACGACGAAGCGCGAGGCGCACACACUAUGCAGCUAAUGCCGG